UCAUGGGAUUCCGUUUCGAGCGUAACUAGGGUACCCACGUGGUCCUAAUUAUCAGCGCGAUUUCGAGCCUUUUCUGUGCCAAUUUACAGUGUUAAUACUUGUUUGUUGUUGUAAGUGUGGUGGUGGUUAGUGACCCUGAUCCCCCAGAUGAUCAACAGAUGUCUUCCUCACCUGAUAUACUUACGGACUCUUCCCAGGAGACGCGAAAGCGCCCUAGGGAUGAUGAACAAAGUUCAACACCAAAAGGUAAGCGUGUUAUUGUCGACCCCGACUUAGCAUCCGCAAGCAUCCAAACCAUAUUCACGCACCCUAGUCUCGACGCCACCAAGGUGUACGACGACUCUGACCCCGGCCCAUUCAUCGUACAUGUCACCCAGGAAAGCUCGUCGGGAAGUACAGCUCCAGCUGCUUCAUCCCCGCUUAGGGCUAUCAAGUUCGGUCAAUUUUUGUACAAAAAUAAAAUUUCCGACAUCACAAGGGAUGGUGUCAAAAUGACAGGCCGCAACAGGGUCACUGUAGAAUUUAGGUCUGCGAAGGCAGCCAAUGGAUUUAUCAAGCAUCCUGCCCUGACUGCAAACAAAUUUAAGGCUGUAAUUCCAACCUACCACAUCACCCGGAUGGGUGUUGCUAGGCGAGUACCAGUUGAUCUCUCCAUGGAUGAGUUUGUAGGUUCCUUGGACCUCCCGGCUGGCUGUGGUAUUGUCCUAAAAGCCCGGAGAAUUAGCCGAAAAGUAGUUAACAAUGGAAAUACUUCCUACGUCCCCACUCAGACCAUUGUCAUCACCUUUAGAGGUCAACUUCUCCCAGAGAAAAUUUUCUCCUACCGCGCAGCGGUAGAAAUUGAAAGGUAUACUUACCCGACAAUUCAGUGCCAUGCUUGCUGCAGGUUUGGCCAUAUGAAGGCUAGUUGCCGGUCCAAGCCUCGCUGCUACAAGUGUGCCCAGCCACACUUGGGUGAGACUUGCGAUGCCGACCCUCCCACUUGCAUCUACUGUUCCGGAAGUCAUGCCUCCACUAGUAAAAAUUGUCCUGAGCAAGCCAGACAGAAAUCCAUUAAAGUCAUUAUGUCGCAGGACAGCAUCUCUUUCGCUGAAGCCGAUGCUCGACUUCCUAAGAGCAGAAAAUCAUUCGCUGAAGUUACUGCUUCACAACCUAUUGGCCCACCUGCAAACAAAUCAUACAAAAAGACUGUAUACACACAGCGUAGGCCUAGGUCUCCCCUCAGUCCUGGUUACGACAGACUUGCCCAUCAGGCACUUAUCUCUUCCCCAUCUUCCUCACUUCCUAAUGGAAGUGCCCUCAACUCUAUCACUUCUAUCACCCCUAAUGACAACUUAUUAGACAAUCUUCUUUCCUUAGUUGUUAGUCUGCUGGCUAAAUUCAGCGACACAAUACCGCCCCACGUUGCCCUAAAACUCAAGGAACUUACAUCCUUCACCCAGAAUGGCUCUGAACCCGAUCCGGGUCCUCCAGUGGAAUGCUCAGAGCCUUAAAAAUAAAUCACAUGAAUUACUCACUCUCAUUGACGAUAUCAAGCCCGUUGUCGUUGCCAUCUCGGAGUCAUGGCUAGCGCCAGGUUCUCGUUUCCGAGUUCCGGGCUACUCGUGUCUGCGGGAUGACAGGGAUGACGGGUUUGCUGGGUGCGCUUUACUUGUGAAGCGUUCCCUUAUCUUCUCCUCUAUCCCUACCCCCCCUCACGGACGGGAAUUUAAUGUUGUGGCUCUUAGGGCUUUAGACAUUACUUUCGUGUCCGUGUAUUUCCCUAAUCCUCAUCCCUCUCUGCUUCCAUCUUUUUAUAACAUCAUUUCUUCCCUCCCCCAACCUCUCCUGAUCAUGGGGGACUUUAACGCCCAUCAUACCUCAUGGGGUUCUUAUCACACUGACGCUUUUGCAAUCGCCCUCUUAGACAUGCUUGAUACCUUAGAUGUUUGUAUUUUAAAUGACGGCUCUCCUACCCGUCGAGUCCUUCCACGUCAGAACCCAAAAAGUGCUGUUGAUCUCACUUUUUCUUCUCCUCUUCUUUCAACAUCAAUAUUCU